CAUCAAAGCGCGACCGACUUAGCGGUGAACAAAAGCGCUCCAUUUGGCCGACUGAGCGAAGCGGCUUCGACCUCCUCGCGGGCUUUUGGUGGGAGCCGGACGCUCUGCUUCGGUUUCUUAUCGCCUCAAACACCCGCGAACAUGUUUUUACGUUAUUCUCUGCUGUUUUGCGGGAGAGGAGCCGCAAAACGAUGCACGUCCUCUCUGGCUGGUGAAAACGUUCUUCCGCCCAACUUGCUCCUGCCCGCCAACCUGCGAGAUACGCCGAGAACCGGGCGCCCGCCUCCCCCUCCUGAUUGCCCGCUGCCCGUCCUGCGUUUUUGCACCGCCGACAUUCCCUCCCACCGAAGCGCCGUGCGGCUAUGGGUGGACGCUCUGGAGGGCCCCGGCGGUGACCCGCCGGGCCUGGCCGAACUGCAUCCCGACGUCUUUGCCGUCCCCCCGAGGCUGGACAUCCUGCACAGCGUGGAAGUGUGGCAGAGGAACUACAAACGCAUCAGUCACGCCAACACCAAGGUGAGAUCGGAGGUACGGGGCGGCGGUCGCAAACCCUGGAAGCAGAAGGGCGGGGGCCGCGCUCGCCACGGCAGCAUACGCUCGCCCCUUUGGAGGGGAGGGGGCGUGUCCCACGGCCCCCGGGGCCCCACCAGUUACUACUACAUGCUGCCCAUGAAGGUGCGCGUCCUGGGGCUCAAGGUGGCCCUGAGCUCCAAGGUGGCCCAGGGUUCUCUUCAUGUCGUGGAGUCCCUCGACAUCCCGAGUCCGGACUCGCGGGACCUGCUUGAUGACCUCAGACUCAAAGACUGGGAGGAGUCGCUGCUCGUCGUUGACGUAGGGGACAACUUUGGCGACAACAUCCUGAAGGCCACGGCCCCCCUCAAGACCGUCAACCUCAUUCCAGCCGUGGGUCUGAACGUGCACAGCCUUCUGAAGCACCAAGGGUUGGUGCUCACGCUGGAGACGCUGCGCUUCCUGGAAGACAAGCUGCUGUGGCACGACCGGCGCUACACGCCGCUCUACCCGUUUAAAUUGCCCUACGCCGACUUCCCCUGAAUCUCUCCUCCCGCGUAUGAGUGCGUUUGUUGUCUUGGUUUGAAUAAGAAGUCACGGCGAUGAUA